AUGGUGAAGGCCAUUUUACAAGAAUUUCCUGAUAAUCAGUCACUGAGUGAAUCAGCAGUUUCUAUAAGGCCACAAGUAAUCGCCAGAACUGGUUACUUUGACCAACCUGAAAAUCUUUCUUGGUUUGCUGCGAGUGUUCUGCUAUUGACCUUGUUACAAGUAAUUGUGGUUCUGCUUCUUUAUCGUUGGUUGUCCAAAAAAUGUUCCAAAGACAACGAAACAGGCAAAGAAGAAAAAGUUCAUUUUAGUACAAAGAAAACUGUUGUUCUACCAGAAGAGAAAAAAAAGGAAAAAGAUGAAGUAGCAGAAAUAUCAACUGUAAAAAAUAUUAUUUCUGGACGACCAUCAAAUUUUGAUGAAAAAACUUGGGAGACUAGCAAUAUAUCAAGGUAUGACUUCUGGAAUGCAGGAAAAAUAGAAGGUGAUAGUUAUCUUAGCCUGGAAAGUUCUUCAGGGGAAAUGUCCAUGCCACUACAAUCAAACAAAAGAAUAACACCACUGGACACUGAAGAUCAUAAUAAAAGAUUUCUUACUGAGUCACGGUGGGAGAUGCAGAAGAAACCUAAACCAUAUUCCCAAUUCACUCGAGAUAGAAUCAUCAAUGCUUGGCUGAAUUAG